AUGCCUAUACCGCCUAACUCGACAGUCUUGGAGACUGAAACAGAAUGUCGCAGUAUUACAGAUAGCGUCGGGUCGCAUUCCGAUUUAUCUAUUACAACAGUACACACCAGCGGCACAAUGACGAAAAGCCAGAUGGAUGUUGUUUGUGUUAUAGAUGUUUGUCAAACAGAAAACAUAUUACAAAGAAAGAAAGCUCUCGAAGAAAUAAAGCAGGCUUGUUUUCAAAUUGGAGCUAAUUUAAGUCAUGUUCAGUUUGAAAAGUUGGAUUUCGGAGAAUCGAACGUUGUUAGCAGUUUCUACAAUGCAGAUGUUGUAAUAAUCGAUCUGUCCUUUCCGGUACAACAUGGUACACUAUUCUAUCAUCUUGGCGUUAGAGAGAGUUUUAAUAUGAAACAAAACAUAUUAAUAUACAACGACGUAGACUCAGAAACCACCUUAAAAUUAAAGUUAUCGUGCGGUAGUUAUUCCUUCAUAUCGUACAAUCUCUCGGAGAGUUCGUGCCUUACAACCUGUCCCAGCGGCAGAUCAGAUGAGCCCAUCGAUUUCCUCCAUCAGAGAUUAAAAAGAUACCUGCAAGAUGUCGAAGUACAAACAAAGGCUCACAUGAGGGAGAAAUUCCUCAGCGACCUGAAGAAACUCAAAGAACAGAAGACCGGCGAGGAGUUGAACAAAGCUCUCUUGUUGAUGCGCAAACGUCUCGACGAUCCCAACGUCCUUUCGGGCGAAGUGAUCCUCGACAUGCUGUUCUGCUUUCGGGACAUCCAAGAAUACGAUGCCAUGAUACAUCUCGUCGAAGAUCUGAAGAAGGUGCCUACGGCUCGAAAGUACCUGAACUCCUACAUCAUGUUCCUCUACGCUUUCGCUUUGAACAGAAGAAAGAAAGACGGCGAUAGAAAGAAUGCUUUGGCUGUCUGCGAAGAUUCCUUGAAGCAUAAAGAAAAUCACUUUCCCGAUAUGCUAUGUUUGUGCGGUCGAAUAUACAAAGACAUGUUCACGGAAUCCGAUCAUAAGGAUACGAAGAGUUUAGACGCCGCGAUUUAUUGGUAUAGAAAAGGAUUCGAAGUACAACCCAACGAAUAUGCCGGUAUAAAUUUGGCAACGCUGUUGGUGAUCAAAGGGGCGGAACUGGGCAAAUCCGAUGAACUGCAACACAUAGGAAUGGUAUUGAACAAUUUGAUAGGCAAGAAAGGUAGCUUGGCGUCGCUGAAGGACUAUUGGGACGUGGCCACUUUCUUCGAAAUAUCCGUACUGUUUCAACACUACAGCAACGCCACCCAAGCGGCGUCUUGCAUGUUCAAACUCAAGCCGCCCAAUUGGUAUUUAACUUCGACCAUCGGCAACAUUCAAUUAAUCGAUAAAUUUCGAAAGAAGAGCGACGAAGCGGUCACCCCGGACGAGCAAAUCUUCCAUUUCUGGAUGGAAUUUUUCCUGGAGGCCAUCAAAGAGAACUACGAAGAGGCCUUCAGGUUUCCGGCGUUGAUCUUGGAGCAGAGCAGAGACUGGAUGCCGAGCUACGUUUGUAUCAACUUGGACGCGGAUCCGCAGACUCUGCAGGUCAGCAAUUUGUGCGACAAAAGCUUGAGGGGCGAGUGCAAGCAAAUCCACGAUUGGGAAUUCACGGCCAAUCAGAUCAGAAGCGUCAGUUUCUACAAGCGAGACGAACGCGGUUUGUUUUUGUAUGUCCAUCAUAAUUCGGAUGAUUUUCAAAUAUUUUUCCCUUCGGAGAAUUGUCGGGAAUGUUUCUAUAAGUUAAUACUGGAAUUGACCAAUCACCAAGAAGGUUUCGUAGAUUCGGAGCCUCCGAGAGACAUAAAAUACGAAUACGAGCGCGAUGAAAACGGCAAGAAAGUUCUCUUAGGAAAGGGGACGUACGGUGUAGUUUAUGCAGCUCGAAACCUAGAAACACAAGUUCGCAUAGCUGUUAAAGAAGUACCUGAAAAAAAUAUAGGAGCCGUGCAGCCGUUGCACGAAGAAAUCCGCCUUCAUUCGCAAUUGAGACAUAGAAAUAUCGUCAUGUACUUGGGCUCGUUGUCGGAGGAUGGUUAUUUCAAGAUAUUUAUGGAACAAGUACCUGGAGGUUCGCUCAGUGCCUUAUUACGUUCGAUAUGGAAGCCGCUUAAGUUCAAUGAACACACGAUGGCCUUUUACACGAAGCAGAUAUUAGAAGGGUUGAAGUAUUUGCACGAUCAGAGAAUUGUGCAUAGAGAUAUCAAAGGUGACAACGUUUUGGUUAAUACUUACAGUGGUUGUGUUAAAAUCUCGGAUUUCGGUACAUCGAAGAGAUUGGCCGGUCUCUGUCCUAGUACCGAAACUUUCGCCGGUACUCUUCAAUACAUGGCUCCGGAAGUAAUCGACAAAGGCCAGAGAGGUUACGGUGCUCCCGCUGAUAUUUGGUCGCUGGGUUGUACGAUGGUGGAAAUGGCCACCGGGAAGCCGCCUUUCAUAGAAUUGGGCUCGCCUCAAGCGGCGAUUUUCAAAGUGGGCUACUACAAAGCCCAUCCGGAGGUGCCGGAGGAGCUUUCGGACCGGGCCAAGGCGUUCAUUAAGAGGUGUUUCGAGCCCGAUCCGGAAUUACGGGCGACGGCCGCUCAGUUACUCGAAGAUCCUUUCUUAGGAUCCGAAAGGCGGCAGAAAAACGUUCGUUUGAAUACCGAAUUUAACAGGAGCGUGUCGGUGCCUGCUGAGAAAAUGGCAAAUAGACAUCCUGGUCAUAAUAGCGCUCCAAAUCAAACUCCGACUAGCCCGGAUGCAGAUUUCCGUUCUCAUCAGAGUCGGGCCUCUUUACUGCCACCGAUUCAAAUGCCCACCGCUCUUACUUUCAACAGUCUAGCCUCCACGCCAUCGUUGGAUUGCGAAACCGACAGCCCCCAUUCGGAACGCCGCAACUCCUCGGGCACUCUGCUAUCUCCCGAAGUGGAAACCGGCACCGAGACCGACGGCUUCUACCUGCUCAAGAAGGACUCUCAACGAAGAACCACCCUCGCAAAGGUACUUGCCAAUGACGGUAUGAAGAUAUGCGAAGUAUGGAUGCAGAAAGUCCGCGACAAAUACUUAGGGGAGACGGUACUAACGGAGAAACACCUUCUGAAAUUGAUGGACGGUUUGAAGGCUUACCUCACCGAGCAAUCGAUGACCGUCGUGGAGAGUACCGUGAGGCAAUUGAAGGAGGAAUUGAACUUCGAUUCGGCCGCCAUCAAUCAACUGCAAUUCGCCGUUUACCUAUUCCAGGAAUCGGUUAAUGACGUGCUCCGAUUGCACCCCAUCAAACCGCACUGGAUGUUCGCCUUGGACAAUCUCGUGAGAUCCUGCAUUCAGGCCGCCGUGACGGUACUCACGCCCGAGCUGAGCGAAGACAUAGCCAACCACAGCUCGCCGAGCACCAUCAACUCGAGCAAAUCCAGCAAAACCAACGAGGCCUUCGAAGUAAAGGCCGCCAGUUUGCAGCUGAGAAACGAGAACGUCAGGUUGCACCAAGACUUGCUCGAGUGCCAAAGGCAAUACCAAGGAAUAUUGAAACAGCUGAUAGAAACCACUCGCUUGGAACUCGCCUAUCGGCAGUCGUGUUGCUACCGGUGCUCGCAUCUCAACAACAACAAUUCGCAGCACGAUCAUCUCGAAGAAAUCGUCGAAGAAGACCGACGUUUGGCGAAUUGGCUGGAAGGGUUGGGUAUUAACGAGUACGACAAGCGGAUUUUUCUAGCCGAAGGUUACACGCUCGAAGAGGUGCUGUACGACAUCAGGCGGGAGGAUUUGGUGAAUAUCCGACUUAGAGGGGCCAGCGUGUUGAGGAUCUGGAAAGCGAUAGAGCCCCAUCGAAGAGACGAGACCGUUAUCAUCUGUAACGGCGUCACGACGGAUGACAGCGGAACCGUUUGA